AUGAUACCGCCACGCUCGGUACUACACAAAUGCCUUACGGGGAUUACAAGGCGGCGACCGCUAUUCAGCGUUACGACGACGACAAGAUCACCCAGGAGAGCACCGUUCAACGGCCGUCAUGGCUUCUUUACAAGCUCACGACAGGGGGCGGAACAAAAGGGGUCGUCAAAAGUGGGCAUCACCCGAACCGUUGGUUUAUCGACGACUUGCGCUUUGCUUGCUCUUUGGCUCUAUCCGCACGAAUCACUGACGCAGCUUACGAAGCCUUUCGGCUUAGUUGCCGACGAAAGGAGAACGUCGCCCGAUGGCGUGGAGAUCAAGGUUAUCAAGAGCACCGAGAAGGGCCGGCAAAAGGAGAAACGGGAAGAAGAGAGUGUCUGGGCUGGGAUUGCCAAAAGCUUGGAAGGAUUUCCUUCGAUUCCGGGCCCGCCCGAGAAUAUAACUGAUAUGGUUGUCGACUUAAUUUUGCCCGAGUGGACCAAGAGUUUGCCUGGGUUGAUGAGGAAGUUGCAGCGGGAGUUGGAGAUGGCACCGGGGUCGUUGGCGGCGGAGAUCUGGGACGAGGCAAGGGAUCCGUUUACGCACCCCGAGAUUGAGUGGGAGGCUAAAGUGAGAGUGUCGAAUGCGCUCUGUGAGGAGGAAAAGACUUUCUUGGAGAGGCGGAAGAAGGUUAUUGUGCCUGCACUGGCAAAAUACUUGGGAUUGAAAGAGGAGGAUAUACACCCCGAUGACGUCCCCACUGUGGCCAUUUGCGGCUCAGGAGGAGGUUUGAGAGCGUUGGUUGCUGGAACUGGGUCUUUCCUGGCGUCCACCGAGGACGGCUUGUUCGACUGUGUGACGUAUGCUUCGGGCGUGUCUGGGUCGUGCUGGCUUCAGUCCCUCUACUAUUCCUCAGUCACGGGCAACAGCUUUCAGCGAGCGAUCGACCAUCUCAAAGCACGCCUCGGCACCCAUAUUGCUGACCCCCCGGUGGCUUUCAACUCGUUGACUUCGGCGCCGACGAACAAAUAUCUGCUGAGCGGGAUUGUGGAAAAGUUCAAGGGGGAUCCAGCAGCGUCCUUCAGUCUUGUCGAUGUCUAUGGUAUACUGUUGGCGGCGAGGCUCCUUGUUCCCAAGGGCGAGUUGGAGGUCAAUGAGAAAGACUUCAAGCUGUCCAGCCAGCGGGAAUACGUCAGAUACGGCCAGAACCCACUACCCAUCUACACCGCCGUUCGUCACGAGAUUCCAGAAAUGGACGAGCAAGACGCCGACGGGAACCCGCCCGUUUCAGAAGAGGCCAAAGAACGUGCAAAGAAGGAAGCCUGGUUUCAGUGGUUCGAAAUAACACCCUACGAACUAUUCUGCGAGGAGUUUUCCGCUGGUAUUCCCACCUGGGCACUCGGCCGCAAGUUCAAAAACGGCUCUGACACUGGUCUCCGUCUGCCUGAAGUCCGUAUGCCUCUCCUCCUCGGCAUCUGGGGUAGCGCCUUUUGCGCGACUCUCAGCCACUACUACCGUGAAAUCCGCCCCAUCAUCCGCAGCAUCGUCGGUUUUGGCCCCAUCGACGGACUUAUCUGGAACAACCUCAACGAGGACCUUAGUAAGGUCCAUCCUAUCGACCCUGCCUCGAUGCCGAAUUUUGUGUAUGGCAUGCACGGCAAGUUACCGUCCACCGUUCCCGAAACCGUCUACGACAAUGAAAACAUCCAACUUAUGGAUGCGGGUAUGUCGAACAACCUGCCCAUUUAUCCGCUGUUGCGCCCGGGGAGGGAUGUAGACAUCAUCAUCUCUUUUGAUGCAUCAGCAGACAUCAAGACAGACAACUGGCUCUCGGUGGUGGAAGGGUACGCCAUGCAACGCGGGAUCAAAGGGUGGCCGUUGGGGAUUGGGUGGCCCAAGCCGGAAGCGUCGGCGAACGAAACAGCGAAGCAGCUCGACAAGGCGGAGAGUGCCUCUUCGCCGUCUGAAUCUCAAGAUCGCGUCGCGGACGCGAAGAUGGAGCAGGCAGCCCGUCAACAGCAGAUGCAAGAGGAUGACAGUUCCAGAAGGACCGAAGCGGAAAAACAUCAGCAGGCUUCGGACGAGUUGGGGUACUGCACGGUUUGGGUUGGGACCACGCAGGAGAGGAGUAGUGCUCCGCCGCCGCCGCCAAAGCCGAUUGAUGAUGAAAGUAGCUGGAGACUUAUGGAGCCGGACGCGGGGAUAGCGGUUGUUUACAUGCCGUUUUUGGCGAACGAGAAGAAGGUUCCCGGGGUAGAUCCGGCGGGGAGUGAGUACAUGAGCACGUGGAAUUUUGUGUACAGUCCGGAGGAUGUGGAGGGGGUGGUGAGGUUGGCGAGGGCGAAUUAUGAGGAAGGGAGGGGCCAGAUCAAGGCGACGGUGAGGGCUGUUUAUGAGAGGAAGAAGAGGAGGAGGGAGGAGCAUGCCAGGAGGGUGAAGGAGGAGGCGUGGAGGAGGGUGAUAAGGGGGGGCCGGGCUGGGAAGGUUGGGGUGGAGGGGGGGGAUCAGUUUAGUUAG